CUGCUAUCAUCACAACACACAAACCCCUAACAUAGACUGCUCCCGGUCGGAUACGUGACCGAAGCACUAACAGUGUCCAGCAACAUUAAACCAUAUGACACUCACGUGAAGUAUUUGCAAACGUGUGUCCUGUGGUUUGAACAAUACCACUGCAGCACUUUUUUGCGCACUAUAAUUUAAUUAUAAGUGGUAUGUCUGUGUUUUUCCAUAACAUCCUUAUAUAGACCACUAUAAAUUUCUGAUGGAUGCUUGCACAGCAGCAUCUGCCACAGAAGAGAUGAUCUCCAGGUGUGUGGCUCUGCUGCUCAGUCGCAACGCUGACCCAAAUGUCUGCAACAGGAGCAGUAUGUCGUGUCUGAUGCUGGCAGCCAGAGAUGGCUAUUGUCAGGUGAUUAAUUUGCUGGUUUCACAUGGAGCCGAGCUGAACUUUCAGAAUGAUAAUGAACUUACGGCCCUCAUAAUAGCAGUGCAGUAUGGACGUAAAGCGGCCAUGUUGAAACUGCUUCAACUAGGAGCGGAUAAGUUCAUCAAAACCAAAACGGGGAAGACAGCAGCUGACAUUGCUAAAAUUUCCUCUAAGCUGAAUGAUAUUGAACUUCUGCUGUAUGGCCUGAAUCUGGAUCAUCUCUCGGACAUCAUGGUGGAAAAUGAUGUCACUUGGAGUGACCUGUUGAUCAUGGAGAAGCGGGACUUGGAAAAGAUUGGCGUAACUAAUCCUGAGGAUCAAAAGAAGAUUCUCAGCUCAAUGGAGCAGAUGCACCUUGAUAAAGUAGAUCUGGACACCCUGACGCCUCUUUACAACAUAGACAGCGGGCGUGAAGAUUUCUUUAACUUUCUGAUCAGCCUGAAACAGCAGUGCUGUUACUUGACCGAAACCUUACAGGAUGUGAUCAGCAGAUUCCCACGUAGCCCCUCUGAGGUUGUUCUUACAUGUGAUCCCAAGAAAGAGGCUCAAGCCCUUUGCACCGAACUAGUAACUCAGACAGGAGACCUCCAGAAAGAGAUUCUCUGUCUUAAGAGCCUGCUCACCAAGGUGGAUCACACAGAAUACAACUUUAAACUUCUUCAACCAGUCUCCAAUAAUGUCCAGGGAGGAAAGCCCCACAAGAGGUUUGCUGCUGUGCUUGGACUUGGAUUGCUUUUAGCAGGGCUUCUAUUUGUGCUGUCACAAUAAAAAAAAAACUGAACUAUUUUUGAGAUUAUGUAUAUCAGUGAUGUAUGUAUUUUAAGUUGUUUCCUCAAUAUUUUAUUAAUAAUUGUAUGUUGUAGAUUUAUGUUAAGAACAUGUUACGAUUAUCCUUUUUGUGGUGCUAUUCUAGACUGUUAUUCAAGUAAAUCUGUUAAAUGUUCUUUUGGUUUAUCAGACAGUGCACUUCAUCAUAAACUUUUCCCAAACCACAACGUCAUCCUUCUCUUUUCUUUGUGUGUAGUAAUUGUUGUCAACUUCUGUUACAGAUGUGGUGCUUCUGCUGGUCAGAGCUGAACAGCCAGCACUUUGUGUUUUGGGAAUUCUGCUUUGAUUUUGCUGGGUGGCCCAAAAAGUAAAGUCAUUGUCAAUCGCUGUCUGUGGUGCUGAAAUGUCAUUUCCGGGUGCAGGACCCCCUUACACCUAAUUUCAUGAUGAAAGCUGGUUGCUUGAUCAGUCAUCUUUAGUUACAUUGAACAGUUACUUAUUACAUGUUCCCUUUCGGACUUGAGGAGACGAUGAAAUGUAAUGUGUGUCAUGUGUGAGCCAUUUUCCUGAAAGCCCUGUUCUGAGUAUGUUGUAUGAUUAUGUUUAGCAAAGAAAAUGGCAGCUUUAUUAUCUCUUUCAUUUCUUUCGGUUGCAUGCACUGUAGAUUUAUUAUUUGAGUAAGCAAAAAUUAGGCCAAGUAAAAUGCAUGUAAAAGAGCCGCUUGGGCUGAUAGGUUCUUCUAGCUGACUAGCUGAUAUAUGAAUCAGUCCUCCAAGGAGCUGUAACAAUAUCAAGCAUAUGUUGUUUGGUAUGAGCUCAAACAUUUUUCACAAUGUCGGAAUUGUUUGUGGGAAUGUCAAAACAGUUUCUACAAGUUAAAAUCUUAGAGUCUAUAAAUCUUGUAGAGAUCUCUGUGAUUUUUGACUGUUUUCCAACACUGUUCUGUAUCAUUGCUGCUGUUGACUGUUAUACUGUGCAUUCUUUAUGUUCUUUAUGUAGGCUAUGUAGCCGAUUCUUAGUGUUCUGCAGCAUUUAUGAGGACGCUUUUAAAUUAUUACAGGUUAAUCAGAGUGCUCAUAUGUAUAAGCUAGUCAAAAUAAUUCACUUUAGUGAAAAAAAUAAAACUUGACAAAACUUAAAUGCU